GGUGACCAGCGUCAUGUCCAGCCAGGUGGUGGGCAUUGAGCCACUCUACAUCAAGGCAGAGCCAGCCAGCCCCGACAGUCCGAAGGGUUCCUCGGAGACUGAGCCCGAGCCUCCUGUGGCCCUGGCCCCUGGCCCUGCACCCACCCGCUGCCUCCCCGGCCACAAGGAGGAGGAGGAUGGGGAGGGGGCUGGGCCUGGCGAGCAGGGUGGGGGGAAGCUGGUGCUCAGCUCCCUGCCCAAACGCCUCUGCCUGGUCUGUGGGGACGUGGCCUCCGGCUACCAUUAUGGUGUGGCAUCCUGUGAGGCCUGCAAAGCUUUCUUCAAGAGGACCAUCCAGGGGAGCAUCGAGUACAGCUGCCCGGCCUCCAACGAGUGUGAGAUCACCAAGCGGAGACGCAAGGCCUGCCAGGCCUGCCGCUUCACCAAGUGCCUGCGGGUGGGCAUGCUCAAGGAGGGGGUGCGUCUGGACCGUGUCCGGGGUGGGCGGCAGAAGUACAAGCGGCGGCCAGAGGUGGAUCCACUGCCCUUCUCAGGCCCCUUCCCUGCUGGGCCCCUAGCAGUGGCAGGAGGCCCUAGGAAGACAGCUCCGGUGAAUGCACUGGUGUCCCAUCUGCUGGUGGUUGAACCUGAGAAGUUGUAUGCCAUGCCCGACCCAGCGGGCCCUGAUGGGCACCUCCCAGCUGUGGCAACCCUCUGUGAUCUCUUUGACCGGGAGAUCGUAGUCACCAUCAGCUGGGCCAAGAGCAUCCCAGGCUUCUCGUCGCUGUCGCUGUCAGACCAGAUGUCAGUACUGCAGAGCGUGUGGAUGGAGGUCCUGGUGUUAGGCGUGGCCCAGCGCUCACUGCCACUGCAGGACGAGCUGGCCUUUGCAGAGGACCUGGUCCUGGACGAAGAAGGGGCCAGAGCAGCUGGCCUGGGAGAACUGGGGGCGGCCCUGCUGCAGCUGGUGCGGCGACUGCAGGCCCUGCGGCUGGAGCGAGAGGAGUACGUCUUGCUGAAGGCCCUGGCCCUGGCCAACUCAGACUCUGUGCAUAUAGAAGAUGCUGAGGCAGUGGAGCAGCUUCGGGAAGCUUUGCACGAGGCCCUGCUGGAGUAUGAAGCUGGCCGGGCAGGCCCUGGCGGGGGUGCUGAGCGACGGCGGGCAGGCAGGCUGCUGCUCACGCUACCGCUCCUUCGCCAGACAGCGGGCAAAGUGCUGGCCCAUUUCUAUGGGGUGAAGCUGGAGGGCAAGGUGCCCAUGCACAAGCUGUUUUUGGAGAUGCUUGAGGCCAUGAUGGACUAAGGCAGGGGGUGGGCAAGGGUAGGGGUGCUGGCAGGACCCGCCCAGCAUGGGGUCAGCCCUAAGGGGGCAGAGCUGAGGUCUGGGCAGUGCCACAGCCUGCUGGCAGGACCAGGGCAAUAUCAUCAGUCCCUGGGAGCAGGCCCUAUGCCCUCCCCUCCCCGGGGGUGUUAGAAGCUGGGAAUGUGUGUGCCCACACUUGGCACAGUGCUGCCCCUAGCAAGCCAUAAUGUGCCCCCAGAGCACAGGGGGCCUUGCGGAAGCCAUAGGGGGCUGCAGGGGACGAGUGCGGGGCAGAAGCCUGAUCUCAGGGAGGGAAGGGAGUGGAGGCCAGAGUCUCCCAGUGGGUGAUGCUUUUGCUGCUGCUUAAUCCGACCCCCUCUCCAGAGCAGAGGGGAAUGGAGAGCAAAGGCCCCUGCCCCCUUCGCUCCUCUCCUCAUCAUUUGCAUUGGGCAUUACUGCCCCCCCUUGAAGCAAUAACUCCAAGCAGGCUCCAGCCCCUGGACCCCUGGGGAGGCCAGGGCCCCCCCACCCCAUCAACUUCCACCCAGCCUCCUCAGGGGGCAGGGAGAGCACUGCCUCCAUGCCCUGCAGAGCAAUAACACUAUAUUUAUUUUUGGGUUUGGCCAGGGAGGCGCAGGGACAUGGGGCAAGUCAGGGCCCAGAGCCCUUGGCUGUACAGAGACUCUAUUUUAAUGUAUAUUUGCUGCAAAGAGAAACCGCUUUUGGUUUUGAACCUUUAAUGAGAAAAAAAUAUAAUACCGAGCUCAA